CUCUUUCAGUUUAUCGUACGCAACCGGAGCAAACGGAACAUUUUUUCGUGAAAGUUGUGUUGCUUUAUCAACGUAAUUAAAGACUCCGAAAAUUUUCAUCUAAAACUAUCUUACUUAUCCGAUUCACGUUUCAUCAUUCUCUAACUAAAUUAUCGAUUAUCGUGAAUAGACGAGUGAUUAAAAAAAUAUCCUGAAUAAAUUCUAAUCGAUAGUAAUUCGUGUUACACAGUGUCGUUAGGAGGAACAUCAUCGUAAUAAAAAUCAAAGAAAUCAGCCAUGGCUGCUAUGUCCGUGAUCGGGAUCGACUUCGGAAAUGAGAGCUGUUAUGUCGCGGUAGCAAGAGCGGGAGGUAUCGAGACUAUAGCAAACGAUUAUAGUCUUCGUAACACACCAUCAUGCGUUGCAUUCAGUGGAAAAAACCGUGUGCUUGGUGUAGCUGCAAAAAAUCAAAUGGUAACCAACAUGAAGAAUACCAUUUAUGGAUUCAAGAGGCUUUUAGGUAGAGAGUAUCUAGAUCCCCAAGUACAACGUGAACUGAAAUGUUUAUCAUUUAAAACCUCCCCACUAAAAGAUGGUGGUAUUGGAAUACAUGUACAAUAUUUAGGAGAAGAACAUAUUUUUUCACCGGAACAAAUAACAGCUAUGUUAUUCACAAAAUUAAAAGACACUUCUGAAACAGCACUUCAAACUGCAGUUAAUGAUUGUGUCAUAUCCGUACCAUCAUAUUAUACACAAGCUGAAAGGCAAGCUUUGCUCGAUGCUGCACGUAUCGCAGGCCUAAAUGUUCUAAGAUUGUUUAACGAAACAACUGCCACCGCAUUAACUUAUGGUAUUUACAAACAAGAUUUACCAGCUCCCGAAGCGGCACCGAGAAACGUAGUAUUCGUCGAUUGUGGCUAUGCUAGUUUACAAGUGUGUAUUUGCGCAUUUCAUAAAGGAAAGCUCAAGAUGCUAGCUAGUGCAGCUGAUAGUAAUUUGGGUGGUAGGGACAUAGAUACCAUCUUAGCGGAACAUUUUUGUAAAGAUUUUCAAUCUCGAUAUCGCAUAGAUCCGCAUACAAGUCCGCGGGCGUACUUAAGGUUACUUGCCGAAGUAGAAAAAUUGAAGAAACAAAUGUCAGCUAAUUCUACUACUCUUCCACUUAACAUCGAAUGUUUUAUGGAAGAAAAAGACGUUCAUGGUGAAAUGAAACGAGCGGAUAUGGAAGCUAUGUGUGCUCACUUAUUCAAACGUGUUGAAACGACUCUUAGGCAAUGUUUAGCAGACUCAAAAUUACAAUUAGAAGAAAUACAUUCAGUAGAGAUAGCUGGUGGAUCUAGUCGUGUUCCUGCGUUAAAACGUGUUGUCGAAGAAGUAUUUGGUAGGCCGAUAUCAACGACAUUAAAUCAAGAUGAAGCUGUUGCUCGUGGUUGUGCAUUACAAUGUGCAAUGCUUAGCCCUGCAGUUAGAGUCAGAGAUUUUUCGGUCACUGAUAUACAACCAUAUCCAUUGAAGUUAACAUGGGAUCCUACUCAAGGAGAAGAAGGAGAAAUGGAAGUGUUUGGAUAUAACCAUCCUAUCCCAUUCUCAAAAAUGUUAACAUUCUAUCGUUCAAGUCCAUUUAAGCUUACUGCUAGCUACAGUAUGCCACCAUCAUCAUAUCCUUCAACAUAUGUUGGUGUUUUUGCUAUUAAAAAUGUUAAGCCAACACCAGAAGGUGAGGCAUCGAAAGUUAAGGUAAAAGUGAGAAUAAAUCUCAAUGGUAUUCUUACUAUUGCAUCUGCAUCGCUUGUGGAAAAACGUGAGCCAACGCAACAAGAAAAAGAAGAAGAAGAAAAAUUAUUGCAACAACAACAACAGCAACAAAAUAAUAUGGAAGUUGAACAGGACAAUAAGAAAGAUAAAUCUGAUCAAGAAGCACAAGCAAAGGAACCACCAGCACCUGAGGUGAGCAUGGAUAAGACUCGAAGGAACUCAGAUGCUGACGAUGGUGGAAAAGGUGUUAGGGGUUCUGCCCCUUCCUGCUCCUCGAGGAUUCUCUCUUGGUUCAGUUCGAAUGAAGAUAAAGGAGAAGAUGCCAAAAGCAAGAAAAAAGUUCCUGUACGGACAAUUGAAUUACCAAUCGAGGCAAAUGUCAGUGGACUUUCUCAAAGAGAGCUAGAUAUAGCUUUAGAAAAAGAGUGUAAAAUGAUAGCUGAAGAUAGACAGGAGAACGAACGUAUUGAUGCACGUAAUGCAUUAGAAGAGUACGUUUAUGAUUUACGUUCUAAACUGACCGACGAUUUUCAAUUGGCUUCAUUCGUUACGGAAAAUGACAAAGAUUCGCUUUGCCGUACGUUAGAUGAAACUGAAGUUUGGCUUUACGAGGAAGGAGAGGAUUGUCAACGACAAGUUUAUAUAGAUCGUUUAACACGCUUAAAGGCACAAGGUGAGCCAAUAAAAGAUAGGAGACGAGAAUUUGAGGGAAGAGGACAAGCAUUGGAUGAACUAGCAGGUGCAUUACAACUUGCUAAAAAAGGAUUAGAUAACAUUAAGGCUUCCUAUGGGAAGGACGAUAAGUAUUCUCAUCUAACCGACGAUGAGAUUAAAAAGGUCGAGAAAAUAGUGCAAGAAAAAUGGGCUUGGUUAGAAGAGAAACGUGUAGUACUUGCAAGUACUCCUCGUACGCAACCACCACCAACAACAGUAGCUCAGAUACGUUCGGAGAAACAGGCAUUAGAUAGCGUUGUAUUGCCAAUUUUGAAUAAACCUAAACCUAAGGUAGAACCUCCUAAAGAGGAUAAGCCAAAGGACAAAAAUGCUACUGCUAAUGAUCAAAAGAGUACUAAUCAGAAUAGUCAGGGUGACGCUCACAUGGAAAAUAAUCAACCACAAACUGAAGAUGAUAAGAUGGAUGUUGAGUAACAGUCAUCUCAAUUUAUGUUUUUUUAAAUAUUAUCAAAUUUACCAAGGAUUGAGAAAUGGUGAAUAUUUCAUUAUGAAAUUAUCCUCAUCAUUGUCACACAAGCGCCUGAUAUGACUUAGUUAGACAGCACACGUUGUUUUUCUAUUUCUCUCUUUUUCUGACUGUCUAUCUAUCCUGUCUCUCUCCUCCUCUCUCUAUUCUUUUUUUUUUUCUUUUUUUUUUUUUUGUAAUUUCUUUUUAAUCAUUACCAAUUUGAUAAAUUUUCUAGUUCGUUGAGCGAUCGUUUGUUAUUUGGAAGUGGGUGUCUUGGAAAUACAAAAAAAGAAAAGUAAAGUACACACACGAUAAAAAUAACCUUAAUAAUUACACAAUCAAUUUAUUCGUACUAUCAUGUCAUUCAUAAUACAUUGUAAUAUAUAUAAAUAUAUAUAUAUAUGUAUACCUAACAAAUGUAAUAUGUGUGUACAGGGUAGGCUAUUUAAAUUAUUAAAAAUAAUUAAUAUAAAUUAAUUAAUAGCUUAUCUUGUAUGGAUUAUUCGUCUCUCGAAAAAAUAGAAAUUUCAUCCUGUACACAUGUAUCAUCUUUUGCGUACAUAUUGUGACAUAUUUUAAGUAAUGUAUUUAAAAAAACACAAAUUUAUGAGAGAUUUAUUAUAUGAUUAAUAAAUUUCCAAGACACAAUUAAAUGAAGGAAAAAUUGCUAUGUCAGUAUGAUAUAAUCUUAAAAAAAAAAAAAAAAUAAGAGACUCUCUAAGUGUUCUCUAAAAUGCCAGUGAAACAUGUUUAAUACUAAAUUAAAUUUUUUGUGAAGUAGUAAACAUCGCUGGCGAUCUUAUGUAUUUAAAAACAAAUAACAUAUUGUUCAUUCCAUCGUUUUCGAAAGCGGGACAGUUAACACAAAAAAAUCUACUGUCAAACAAAUUUAUGUUGCAUUUAUGAUACUUAAAUAAAUUAAUGUUUCACUUAA